UCCAGACAGUAUAUCAGUUCAUCAAUCAAUCCAUCAAUCAGCAGAAUACAUAUCAGUUAUACUAUAUACAUGGAUGUUUUAAAAAGAUGGCUUCUAACAAGAUUGUCAAGCAAGCUGGUGCCCCAGCUGCUGAUGAGUUCGAACUUUCUGUUGCUCAAGCACUUGUCGACUUAGAAAACAGUGUCCCCGAUUUGAAGGGUCUUAAGGCUCUCAACAUUUCUGCAGCAAAGGAGGUCGAGCUCGGUGCUGGUAAGAAGGCUAUUGUCAUUUUCGUCCCUGUUCCUGCUCAAGCUGGUUUCCACAAGAUUCAAGCUCGUCUUACCCGCGAACUCGAAAAGAAGUUCUCUGAUCGUCACGUUGUCUUCGUUGCUCAACGCCGUAUCUUGGCUGUUCCUGGUCGUCGCAACCAAGGUAAGCAACCCCGUCCCAGAUCUCGUACUUUGACUGCUGUUCACGAUGCCAUUUUGGACGAUCUUGUUUUCCCCACUGAAAUCGUUGGCAAGAGACUCCGCCAAAAGGUUGAUGGUACCAAGACCCUCAAGGUUUUGCUUGAUGCCAAGGAUGCUACUUCUCUUGAAUACAAGCUCGACACUUUCUCUGCUGUUUACAAGAAGCUUACUGGCAAGGACGUUAUUUUUGAAUUCCCCGCCAACACUGAAUUCUAAAUCACUACCAAUUCUUGUCUAUUAAAUAAAUCCACGUAUUUCUUUUUACAUGCUCUCCUAAUUUUUUGCCUUGUCAUGAUCUUCAGCAUUCUUGACGCUAGUGUUACUAAUUUAUUUAAAUGCAUUGUUUCGAAAGUGUAAUUUGUUCUAUUAUAAAUCUGAUGUGUUUCUGAUGCACACACUUGAUUGUGCGACGUAGUUUAGGGUCACUUUUUGUCGAAAGGUCACGCGAAAUAUGCUUAAUGCUUCCAAACUUUCAAUUUAAUGCAACAGAUUAGAA